GGAGUAACAGACUGGGGACAUGAAGUGACAGUUCACACUCCUCAGAGACUCACACGGGGCUCACAGUCAACAAGAAGAGAGAGCAUACAGAGAGAGACUUGUGGACACAGACAAGGGGACCAGAGAAAGAGGUAAAAGAGGACAGACCCUGGUGUUGUGGUUGAUUCAUCGAGGCAGUGGAGGCAGGAUGUGGGUCCUCAUCUGGGCAGCUCUACUCUUCUCUCUGACAGGGAGAGCAACAUGUCAAAGACAGCAACAAUCACCACCAACAGCAUCAACCUGGACCAUCACCUUCAGUCCAGCAGAAAUAACAGCAGAGAAGGGACUAUGUGCUGUUAUUUCAUGUACUUUCACUCACCCUGAUGACAUCAAGCCUACCACUGCAAUAUGGUUCAAAUGCCCUAGAAAUGGCAAAUGUGAUAAGAAUAAAAUCAACAUUUUCCACUCUGAAACUCCCCAUAAAACUCAGGAGGAUUUUAAACAGAGAGUGUCUCUACUGGAGACUGAUCUGACAAAGAAGAACUGUAGUGUGAUCAUCAACGACAUCAGAGAUAAUGAUGCUGGAGAGUAUCAAUUCAGAAUGUUAGAAGGACCAUUUACAUUCCCACAGAAAAUGAAAAUCACAGUGACAGCUCUGACCCAGAAGCCCUCAGUGUUGACUCCUCCUCUGACAGAGGGAGAACCAGCUACUCUGACCUGCACCGCCCCGGGGAUCUGCUCUGGAACUCCUCCUCACAUCACAUGGUCAUGGAGAGGAACUGGAGACAACAUCACUGAGCUCAGAGACAACACCACCAUACAGAUUAGAGAGGACCUGACCCAUGUGACAACAACCCACUUCUCAAAAUUGACCUUCACCCCCUCAGCUAAGCAUGACGGCACCAACGUCACAUGUCUGGUGACCUUCAAUGACAGCAUCACCACUAAGAGGACACUGACAAUGAAUGUGGCACAUGUGAAGGAACCCAAGAUCUCAGGUAGUAACACAGUGAGAGCGGGUGAUACUCUGAAUCUGACCUGCAGUGAUGACAGCUACCCACCAUCAUCAUCUAACAUCACCUGGAGUAAGAAGGGGACAGCAGCUUUGGAACGGAAUAACUCUGGACUGGCCACUCUCAUCAUCUCUAACAUGACAAGAGAACAUGCUGGGGAGUAUGUGUGUACAGCUCAACACCACAAGAGAUCUCUGACAGCUUCCACGGUUGUCACUGUGAUGUUGAACAGCACCAUCAGCCCGACUGUCAGAAACCACACCAAUACCACUAUGGAGUGUGUCAGCAGAAAUGAAGCGGGCAGAGUGAGAGAGAAGCUGCAAGUCAACCAAAUAGAAAAACAAGAAGAGGAUGUGUCUAAAGACAUCAUGGCUAUGCUGUCGGACCUAAAACUGAUUACUGCAUUUGUGGUUGGUGCAGCCCUCUCAGCCACCAUCUGUUGUAUCUUCCUGUGUUUGAAUGGGAAAUGUAAAAGACGCAAAGAAAUGAUCCCAAAGGACUCAGACUCCAAAAGCCCUUUCAUGAACCUGGAGAUGGUGACAUGUGAAGACCAACAGACGGAUGCAGGACAGGCUGUAGGGGGCAAACAGACCCAUCUGCAGGUGGAGCUGAGGAAGGGAGAAGAAAACGGAGGGCCCCAGACCAGUGGAACCACAGGAAAAUCUACCACAGGGGAAGAACCAAAUGAAGUGGACUACGCCAGAAUCAACUACUCCCUGCUGAAGAAGAAGACUCCUGAGGAGGCAGAGAAGAAGACCACCAGCACAGAGACAGACUACGCCGAAAUCAAACGAGAGAAGAAGAAAGAGGAGGAAGAAGAUAGUGGAGAGGGGAGUGGUGUGAUGGAGGAGGUGGAAUGGGAAGAAGGGGAGGAGAUGAUAGGGAAGGAUGAGGAGAAAGAGGACGGUAAGCCAUUACGAGAGACAGAUGAGGAUACAGCGCUUUACUCCAACGUCAAGGCUAUUAUGGGUGGAGAGUGAGAGAGUGACACAGCAACGUGGGAGAUAGCGCACAGUACUAUGGCUUCUUAUAUACAGCCCUGCGGUAUUUUCUCAUAUUCUAGAUUGAAAGUUUUAUGAUGAUAGAGACUUUGUUUAACUGAAACGACUGUAGGUAAUAGUUUUGGUAAUUCCUUAUUUUUCAGCAUUGUCUAAUGUAAUGUUAGUUUUGUAAUGAUUCUGUUUUUGUGUCACCAUGGAAGGACUGACAAAAACGUGGUUUGGAGAAGUAGAGAGGUCAAACCAUGUCGUUUUUUUCUCCUCUGUUCCUUCCUGUUUUUGCAUUUUGAUUUAACCCUAACCCUAUAUAUUGAGGCACUACCUUACUUUUGAUGUUUGUGUGUAUUUUAGUUGUUUGCUAUCUGAAAUUUGUUUAAAGAAUUUCAAAAUGAUGUUUUAACUGUCUUGUAGCAUGAUGUACUACAGUACCCAUAAUGCUCUGUAUCAAUAUACGGUUUUAUCUUGGUAAAGACGUUCCUAAAGCUAACACUAUGGUGUCCCGUCUACGUAUUAAUACAUCAGAGGAGGCUGGUGGUAGGAGUUAUAGGAGGACACGUUAAUUGUAAUGGCUGGAAUGGAAUACUUGAAAC